AUUUAAUGAACAUCGCAUUGCAAUAAAACGUCGGGGUUUCUCGAAUGUAUUUUCCUCUUAUCGGGCUUGAUCAUUUUUUUUUCGUAGAUUGAUGUACAAAAUUGGUGAAAAGAAAAAUCGUUGUGCGGCUCAGUAAUUCGAGUUCAAUAAAUUUAUUGUUCGGUUACGGAAAAGAUGGAGCCACUCGACGGGACAAUCGUCCAGUAAGCCGACUAUCGAGUGCCGGUUGCAUAGCAAGUCACAGUAUUAUAUAGCACGUUGGCAACAGGACUCUUAAGGAUUGCAUGACAGAGAAAAUUGUUCCUCGCCACCCGAGUCAUUUUUCCGUCCAAUUGUCAGUUCACGCAUAGUUUAUUAUAAUUUCAAGUGCAGCGGAAGGCAAAUGUGCGUGGUACUUGGGUGAUUCGUAGAUUUUUCUGACUGCGACAUCGUUUUGUUACUUUUUCCACCGGGUUUAGUUCGUACGGAUUGAAAAAUGGGAGUCUGGCUCGGAGUUUCUCUCAUAGGUUUUGUUUUACUGGUCUGUUUCCUGUUAGCUAAGAAUAUUCUAUGGCCUGGAAAACCGAAGAGAAACAUCCAAAAUAAACAUGUCGUGGUCACAGGAGGAUCGAGCGGGAUCGGAAAAGCAGCAGCGCUUAUCGCCGCGAGAAUGGGUGCUCACGUAACGAUAAUAGCACGCGAUAUAAAAAAGCUAAAAGUUGCCCGAAACGAAAUAGUGGAAGCUUGCCUUGAUAAAGACACACAAAAAGUUGAAUUCCUCUCUCUAGACGUUGGCGAGAGUUAUGAAAACGUUGAGAAAGCUUUUAACGAGAUGGAAAAAUCGAUGGGUCCCAUUUAUAUGUUGAUAAAUUGCGCUGGUACCGCCAUAUGUGGCAAAAUUGAAGACACGAGAUCGGAAGACCUUAAUCACAUGAUCAAUCUCAAUUUGAUUGGAACUUAUAAUUGUAUCAAAGCAGUGGUCCCCAAAAUGAAGAGUUCCAGAGACGGCAUAAUUGUCAUAACUUCUUCACUAGCAGCUUUUCUUGGAAUAUUCGGAUAUUCUGCCUACUGCUGCACUAAGUUUGCGUUGCGUGGUCUCGCAGAGAGCAUCGCUAUGGAGCUUCGUCCUUACAACGUUUCAGUGACCUUAAAUUUGCCCCCCGAUACAGACACUCCCGGUUUCGCUGUUGAAGAGUUGAGCAAACCUCUAGAAACUAAGCUCAUAUCUUCCAGCAACGAAUUGGUCAAACCGGAAGUCGUUGCCGAGGGUUUAAUCCAAGACGCUUUGUCGGAAAAAUUCUUCUCCACCGUUGGUUUCGACGGUUUCAUUCUGACUGUUCUCUGCUCCGGAAUGUCGCCAUUCGCGUCGAUCUUCGAUUUGAUACUCCAGUCGAUUCUAAUGGGCCCAUUGAGACUCGUGGGUGCCUGCUAUCUCAUUUCCUUCCGCAAAACAAUCGAGAACUGCAUGAAAACACGCGACAAGAACAAAAAAUCGAAAUGAGCGGUUCGUACGGCCCAUUACACAUGAUCGCUCAACGUUCCAAAGAAACUUACUAAUAUUACGGGCUAGAAUUCGCGUGGUAAAAGUGUAAAACAAACAAAAAAAUCACGUUCUUUAAUGUUCAAUGUUGGUGUGCUGUGAAAAAUGAUAUAAAAAUGUUGUAUGGAAAAUGCUUCGAGUAUUUUCCUUCUUCCUUGCACAAAGAGAAGUUUGUACGUAAUAAAAAAAAGUUCUACGAAUAA